CCUACUCAGAUAGUGACGAUAACGUUGCUAACAACAACCGGUCAUUUAGUUGUAAACGAGCCGCUUGCGCGCGCGCCUGUCUAGACGUUAGUGCUGGGAAUACAGUGAAUAAUCUGUAGGUAAAGUGUAGUAAGUGCAUAAAAAUGGAAUUUCACACUACAUCUGACGGAAAGUACAUAAUAGAAGUCCUUACAGCUGCUACUUUCCCUGGUGCUUUAAAAGUGAUAAGAGAAGGUUUUUGUCAAGAUGAAGCGGUGUGUAUCGGGAGUGAAGUAAACAAGAAUCCUGUAGCAGCUGAAGAGUUGCUGGACCUAUGCGCUGACACAGCGCUGGACGGGGUGUCUCUGGUUGCCGUGGCAACGGACAGCGGAGAAGUCGUAGCGGUCGCUUUCAACAAACUACAAGUGGCAGUAAUAGAUUCUUCGGAGAAGCCGUUUUUUGAGAUAUUCGCUGAAGAUCGAUGCACGCAGGAGUCGGCGAAAUCCUUGAUCCAGUUCAUGGCAGAGGUCGACGGGAAAUGCAACCUUUUUCAAAAGUACGGCGUAGACUGCAGCUUAGAAAUUAUGUUUUUGGCAACACAACGCGAACACAGGAGGCACAGAUUGGGGGAACUUCUAUGCAAAUAUUCGAUAGACGUAGCUAAAAAACUAAAAGAUGGUCCAAUAUCCAAAAUGGAUGUACAGGACCUUGGACCAGCAUAUUCAGAAAUGAAACCCAGAAAACCAACUUCUUUGACCCCAAAAAUCUGUCAAGCUAUUUGGACGGCGGAACCCUCCCAAAAAAUUGGAAAAAAACUGAACUUUACUGUUCAUUUAACUGUGACCUAUGACAGAUUCGUAUAUAAUGGUAAAUCGUAUGCUGAUAGACUUGGCACGAUAGCCUCUUAUUGUGAAGUGGCAGCUCUUUUACUUUAAAUGAAUCCCAUUUUAUUUGAAAUUAUGUAUUAAUAUUUUGCAUACAAACCGGGCGAGCUAGCUGCGCACUUCGCUGGAAUGCGACUCUCCCUCGCACUUACCCGCACACCUUAAGGUUCGGCCAAGCCAACGCGAUCAUUUAAAG